AUGCCCGCUCAUAAGAACAUCAGACUCGCGGUAUCGUUCCGUGGAUUUCGGAUGGGCUCCGAAAAUGCCUUGCAGGAGACAUUGAUGCGUCGCCUGGGGUCAGAAAACCCAAAAGACAUAACGAUCGAAGCCGUUGUUGACGAUCGCCACGAUCAUCACAUCUCGACACGCGCGAAUUUAAAGGCUAUCGUCGUUGUUAGGAUCCCCUACCAUGCACAACUGCUUCUUAGAGCGUCAAGUUCGAAUGAUUUGGUAGACCCAGGAUCCCGCGACCACAUCAGGAUCGUCCCCUGGACUGCUGGACGAGAAAGGGUCGCCCAUUCGGGUCCCGCAGAGCAGCUCACCUCACCUCCCCCCAUCGCCAUCGAGCCCGCCCCCCUCUCGAGCUCGGUGAUGACGAGUGAAGCCCAGACAUCCGAUCCGGAGCAGAAAGGGUCCCCCCCCGCGAACUCGGUGACGAAGCACAACCCAGAAGGUUUCCAGGAGAGCGCAAUGGCUCUUGAAUCAGACCUCGAGGAUGAGAUAGAAGUCCUCUUGCAAGUGUUUCCACGCCACGAUGUUGCGGGCUUAGCGAAGGCGGUAUGCGCAGCCUUUCAGAAGCGGAAGAAAGAAGACGAUUUGGCGACGGCGGGACCCCCAACGAAGCGAGCGCGUCUGGAUGGUGGGGGCUCACUCAUUUCCGGCCUCCACGGCACCCGCCAGAGCCGUUAUUCAGCGUCGCGCCAGAGUGCGCACGACACUCUCGAUCGGCUAUUCAAGUCAGGUGUCCCGGUUGAUUUGGUCAAUUUGCAUCUCGAACAUCUCGAAACGACGGCGAGGUUCACGGGCAUUCUGCAGGAUGACAUUAGGCCCAUCACGUCGGUUUAA